AUGUUUUUGUUCAGCACUUUCCAUGGAGGACGCUUCUCAUCGACACUUGCUCCUCCCUUUGUUCCACUGGCUCCUCCCUUUGUUCCACUGGCUCCUCCCUUUGUUCUACUGGCCCCUCCCUUUGUUCCACUGGCCCCUCCCUUUGUUCCACUGGCCCCUCCCUUUGUUCCACUGGCCCCUCCCUUUGUUCCACUGGCUCUUACCUUGUUCCUGCUGACUCCUCCCCAUGUUCCACCGGCUCCUCCCCUUGGAUGGUCUGGCUCCUACCUUGUUCCCAAUGGCUCCUCCCCCUGCCCUCAUGGCUCCUCCCACAUGAAGGAAGCUCUGCAGGAGUUGUGUAACUGUGAAUCGGAGUGGCCCAGUUUGUCGCCUGCUUCAAAGAGACUAACGACAGAGACGCAGAUGGAGGCGCCUCCUUUACUGCAGGCUCAGUUGCAGUAUCACGGUCUCUCUCCUGCAGGAGGCGCCUGCUUUACUGCAGGUGAUGUUGCAGUACCACCUCUCUCCUGCAGGGGGCGCCUCCUCCUCUCCCUCCUGAGCCUCAGCGGAAGCACAAACCAGAUUUGGGGCGAGGGAUACGCCGCCACAGAGACCCAGAGCCUGGAGCAGAGCCCGAGGACCGUGCCCUCUCACACCCGCACUAUGGAGCCCUCAUGGCGGACCCAGAGAGCUGCCCUCCCGCUGCUGUUCCUCUGCAGCGCCCUGGUCACGCGGCCCUCCUCAGCCAUUGACAUCCGUGCGGACCAGGAGGUGCUGGCGGAGAACGGCACCACAGGAGUCCUGCGCUGCUCCUUCAAGUCCAACCAAGUGGUGAGCAGCGCCACCUCCGUCUCCUGGAGCUUCCAGUCCUCGGAGCCCGAGAGCAAGUUCUCCAAGGACUCCUACUCGAUCCUGUACUACAUGGGUGGAAAGGCGUUCCCAGGCUUGGAGGAGUUUAAGGAGCGUAUCCAGUUUGUGGGGGACAUAAACAAACGGGACAUGUCCAUCCAGCUGAGCCCGGUGCUGUUCAGCGACAACGGCACCUACUUCUGCGACGUCAAGAACCCUCCGGACGUGGACGGGACCCGGGCCCGGACCGAGCUGCGCGUGGUCUUCAAAGAAUCUAUGGCUCAGAAGAACACGGUCAUCAUCGUAGGAGCCUCUGUGGGUGUUUUUCUUCUGCUCGUGCUCAUCGCGGUGGCGGCCUUUGUGGGGUUGCGUGUGGUGCGCAACCGUCACGACUACGAAGGCUGCACCUCCCUGGACAGCACCUCCUCUCAUGCACCUCCUCCCCGGAAGAAGCUCCAGUCGUGUUCGGAGGCGUCGCGGGGCAGUCCCUCGGGGGGCAGUCCCUCAGGGGGUCCACAGGUAGAAGAUGGGUGUGUGCAGGGCCCGGUGAUAUACGCCCAGCUGGACCACUCGGGCAGUAAAAACUCCUUUCACAAGAUGGAGCCGGUGGUGUACGCGGACAUCCGGAAAAACUGA